GCGCCGUGCGCAGGAAUGUCAGCACCAGUGACGCGCAACCCCGUCACGGAAGGCAAGGGCGGGCUGGCGCAUGCGCACAGUCCCGGCCGCCGUCACCUGUGGCCACCUGUCGAGAGGGACGGAGCCGCCGCCGGCCAGACCUGUUUCAGCGUGCGCCUGGUGCAGCCGAGUGCGUGCGUGCACGUCCCGACAACGAUGGGACGAGCCAGCCGGACGAGCGUUGUUGUGCUUUGGAUACUCACGGCGCUUCGAGUCCGCUGCCAGGACGGCUUUCCACUUUCUACUAUGCUGGGUACAAAGACGCAUUCAAGCCUCCUUAAGCCAUUCUGUCCGCAUGAGCCGUCGUCUUCUCGCAUGCACAUCGAGAAGCAGCGCUACGAUGGCUGGUACAACAACCUGGCGCACCAGGACUGGGGAGCUGUCGAGAGCCAGCUGGUGCGCAAGGCGCCUUCCUCGUACGCGGACGGCGUCUACAUGAUCGCCGAGGGGCGGCCGAGCGCGCGCUCCCUGAGCCAGGAGCUGUUCAAGGGGGAGGACGGGCUGCCUUCCUCCAGGAACGUCACGGUGCUCUUCGUCUUCUUCGGCCAGGUGAUUUCAUCGGAAAUCUUGAUGGCGAGUGAGCCAGGCUGCCCCAUCGAGUUUCACCGGAUUCCUAUCAGCCGCUGUGAUGAAAUGUACGACAGCAAGUGCACGGGCCAACGGUACAUGCCCUUCCACCGGGCCCACUACGAUGCCAAGACGGGACAGUCACCGAACAACCCCAGGGAACAGACGAACCUGGCAACUAGCUGGCUCGACGCCUCGUACGUGUACAGCACCAGCGAGACGUGGGCCAACACUAUGCGCUCGUUUGAGAACGGCACCUUCCGCGUCGCCGAAGAUGGUCUGCCGCCCAAGAACAAGGAGCGAGUGCCGCUGUUCAACUCACCCCCGGCGCGCUACCUGGGCGUCAUGAACCCGGAGCGCAUGUUCAUUUUGGGCGAUCCGCGGACCAACCAGAACCCGGGCCUGUUGGCGUUUGGCAUUCUCUUUUUCCGCUACCACAACGUGCAUGCCUUGCGUAUUAAGGCUGAGCACCCGGACUGGACGGACGAAGAUAUUUUCCUUCAUGCCAGGAGGCACGUCACUGCGGCUCUGCAGAACGUCAUCAUGUACGAGUACGUGCCGGUGCUGUUGGGCGAAAAUGUCACUGAGUACACAGGAUACAAACCGGAUGUGCAUCCGGGCAUCAGCCACGAGUUCCAGGCAGCCGCUUUCCGGUUCCCCCAUACAUCCAUUCCACCUGGCAUCUAUCGCAGAGAUGGCUCUUGCCGUUUCCUUGAUACGAAGAAUGGCUUCAAAGCCUUGCGGUUGUGCUCCACCUGGUGGCUUUCCGAGGAAGUGCUGCCUGCUUCUGGCAUCGACGAGCUUAUCCUGGGAAUGGCGUCUCAAAUUGCCGAGAAAGAAGACCACAUCCUGUGCUCGGACGUAAGGGACAAGCUGUUCGGGCCUGUGGAGUUUACGCGUCGUGACCUUGCGGCAUUGGACAUUAUGCGGGGCCGGGACAAUGGUCUUCCAGACUACAACACAGUACGCCGUCACCUGGGUUUGCCACCGAUCACCAAUUGGACGCAGAUCAACGAGAAACUCGCGCACUCAAACCCGGAGCUCUUCGACAAGCUUCGCAUGCUGUACCGCGACCAACUGGACAAGGUGGACCUGUUCGUGGGCGGCAUGCUGGAGUCUGACGAAGGUCGCCCCGGCCCGCUUUUCCGCAAAAUUAUCCGGGAGCAGUUCGAGCGCCUCCGGGAUGCCGAUCGCUUCUGGUUUGAGAACUGGCAAAGCGGGAUGUUCUCGACGAAAGAAAUCGAAGGCAUCCGGAAGAUUCGCAUGUACGACAUCAUUCUCGCAGCCACGGAUAUAAAGCCGCACGAGAUACAGAAGGACGUUUUCUUCCACGUCAAAGGUGACCCGUGCCCACAGCCGCAGCAGAUAAACAGCUCCGUGCUGGAACCCUGCAUGAUCUUGGAUGGCUGGGACUAUUUCAGGGGCAACGAGGUGGCCUACAUCUAUUCCUGUCUCAUUCUGGCCUUUAUACCGAUAAUAUGUGCGGGUCUUGGUUAUGGUGUCAUAAAGCUCCAAAACAAGAGACGACGGAUCAUCAAGGCGAAGAAAGAGAUGGCAAUUGGGAAAAACUACGACAAAUUAUAUGUCAAAGAAUGGCUGCACCAGAACCACAAGCGGUUUGUCAAGGUCAAGAUUGGGCCAGAUGAGUCUCUAUCCACGGUGAAUCGAAAGGGCGAAAUCCUACGGAAAGUCGAUUUCAAGUCUGUCUCAGCCCUUGUAGUAGAGGUCACCACAGACAUGGCAAAGAAGCCCAUGUGUCUUGUGCGGUCACCGAGAGACCAUGAUCUGGUUCUUCAGUUCGACAGCGUCCACUCUCGUAAAAAGUUCCUGAAUAAACUGGAAAGCUUCCUGGUGAACCGGAAGAAAACGCUGGAGAGCAUCAAUACUACUCGCGACACGAUGCUAGCCAACGCCGAGACGAAGGAGAAGCGCCAAAAGCGACUCGAGCACUUCUUCCGAGAAGCAUACGCACUCACGUUCGGGUUAAAGCCGGGUGAGAAGAGGAAGCUCGAGGAAGUUGGCAACGACGUCAUAAUGGUCAUGCGAACGUCGCUGUCGAAACAAGAGUUCGCCGAAGCUCUUGGUAUGAAGCCAGACUCUCUGUUUGUAAAGCAAAUGUUCAACUGCGUCGACAAAGACAAAGACGGUCGGAUAAGCUUCCAAGAGUUCCUGGACACGGUGGUGCUCUUUACAAGAGGUAAGAGCGACGACAAACUCCGCAUCAUCUUUGACAUGUGCGACAACAGCGGCGACGGAAUGAUCCAAAAGCAGGAGCUGACGCGCAUGCUGCGCUCUCUGGUGGACAUCGCCAAGACUAAUUCGCUCAGCGAGUACGAGACGAGGGACAUCAUCAGGGGCAUGUACGCCUCCGCGGGUCUGGACAACUGCGACUCGCUCAGCUAUGAGGACUUCAAGAAGAUGAUGAAGGAACAUCGUGGCGACGUCAUCGCCAUCGGCUUAGAUUGCAAAGGUGCUAAUCAAAACUUCCUGGACACAUCAUCGAAUGUUGCGAGGAUGACAAGUUUUCAAAUAAACCAGCCUACGGAGGACCCCCCCUCUUGGACCGUCCACAAAUGGAACCAAGUGACUACGUUCCUCGAAGAGAACCGGCAACACGUAUUCUAUUUGUUUGUCUUCUACGUGGUCACCAUUGUGUUAUUCGUCGAGAGAUUUAUCUACUACUCCUACAUGUCGGAACACAUGGACCUGCGGCACGUGAUGGGAGUCGGUAUCGCCAUCACACGAGGAUCAGCGGCUUCACUCUCCUUCUGCUACUCGCUCCUGCUGCUCACCAUGUGUCGCAAUCUGAUCACCAAGAUCCGCGAGCUGCCUCUGCAGCAGUACAUGCCGCUCGACUCGCAUGUGCAGUUUCACAAGAUCGUCGCCCUGACAGCGCUUUUCUUCAGCCUGGUGCACACCGUUGGACACUACAUAAAUUUCUACCACGUCUCUACGCAGCCAGCGGAGCAUCUACGGUGCAUGACGAAAGAAAUGCAUUUCGACUCCGACUUCAAGUCAACGAUCACCUUCUGGGUAUUUCAGACAGUGACCGGUAUCACAGGUGUACUGCUGUUCAUUGUGAUGUGCGUCAUAUUUAUCUUCGCACAUCCGAAAAUCCGGCAAAAGGCGUACAGCUACUUUUGGAUGACGCACAGUCUUUACAUUCUCCUUUACGUCCUCUGCUUGCUGCAUGGGCAGGCUAAACUUACAGGUUCGCCUCGUUUUUGGAUGUUCUUCAUUGGUCCAGCCAUUGUGUUCACAUUGGACAAAGUUGUCAGCCUUCAGACAAAAUACAUGGAACUGGACAUUCUGGACACUGAGCUUCUGCCAUCAGACGUCACCCGCGUGAAGUUCACGCGGCCGCCCAACUUCAAGUACCUGUCGGGACAGUGGGUGCGGCUCAGCUGCACGGGCUUCAGGGCCAACGAGUACCACUCUCUGACUCUCACGUCGGCGCCGCACGAGAACUACCUGUCCGUGCACGUGAAAGCGCAGGGACCCUGGACGUGGAAACUGCGCAACUACUUUGACCCCAGCAAUCUUCACGAGAGCAUGUUGCCCAAGGUGCGGUUGGAGGGGCCGUUCGGCGGAGGCAACCAGGACUGGUACAAGUUUGAGAUCGCCGUCAUGGUUGGCGGAGGCAUCGGCGUCACGCCGUACGCCUCGAUACUCAAUGACCUGGUCUUCGGCACUUCCACCAACCGCUACUCGGGAGUCGCCUGCAAGAAGGUAUACUUCAUGUGGAUAUGUCCCUCGCAUCGGCACUUCGAGUGGUUCAUCGACGUUCUCAGGGAUGUAGAAAGGAAGGACGUGACAAAUGUUCUGGAAAUCCAUAUCUUUAUAACACAGUUUUUCCAUAAGUUUGACCUGAGGACCACUAUGCUGUACAUUUGUGAGAACCACUUCCAGAGGGUCUCUAACAGGAGUAUGUUCACCGGUCUAAAGGCCAUAAAUCAUUUUGGAAGGCCCGACAUGUCUGCCUUCCUGAAGUUCGUGCAGCAGCAGCACUCUUAUGUGAGCAAGGUGGGCGUGUUCAGCUGCGGGCCUUCUGCUCUCACGAAAAGUGUGAGCUCCGCUUGCGAGACGGUGAACAACAGCCGCAAGCUGCCGUACUUCAUACACCACUACGAGAACUUCUGACCAGUGCGCGCCAGGCACUGGCGCCAUACUGCCAAAAAUGAAGCCAACUGUGAUGAUGAGGACAGGGAGCGCUGCUCGGACACAAGCCACACGGAUGAGCAGCUGCUGCUGCUGCUCGUCUCUUUCCGUUACGUACCGUGGCUGGUUCUGGCGUGCCCACUUCGACUCAGCGCCUACACUGACGGGAUUUGCACGAGAAGCAACUUUUCUUUUUGGUGCCUUUCCGUUCCGCCCCCUGCUUAUGUACUGUGCUUCGCGCUCAGAAGUAGCUGCAUGUCUCUAAGUGGCCUCACAAGUGUGCGUCGUCCCUCGUCGUGUCUGGUAUCGGUUGCCUGCAGGCAUAGCUGUUCAGCUGAGUCACUACACGUGUCACCCACUAACUGGGGGACAAGGACAUCACGUGAAUCACUUUUCCACUCUGACGUGCAAGUGAAAGCGUUCGCAUAAGCUUCAUGCGGCAGCAGUACGCCAGAGGGCAUGUUUCGCCAACUCCGCGCUGGUUUUUUGCGGAAGUAUCUAUUUUUCUAGUUUUGGCCAAAUUCGGCCAUUUUGAAUCUCUAUGACCGAGCUUCCUGUUGUGAAUUGGCUUAGACUCUGCGCUGGCUUGAGCUGAGCCCUGAAGGUAUUUAGCGAGGAAUAUAUUUAUAUUUUAUUGCAUCUCAACCACCUGUUCUCCGUGUCCUUACGUGUGGCCCAAUGGAUAAACCCGCUUGCACCUUAGGCAAGAAUCUGUUCUGAUAGCAUUGUUCUUGUGCAGGACCUUGUAAAAUCAUACCACUUUAUUGAGAAUCAAUCAAUCAGGCAAUCUAGACAUGUAAUUUCUUAGUACUACGCCACAUGCGACAACGUGAUGAUAAAAAAGGCAUGUGCCGGAAGGUAAGCUUCUACAGCUACUGUUCAGUUUUUUUAGUAGUAUGACAAGUUCAGCGUCAUGAUUUCAAUGCGAUGGAGCAAGAUUUCAUGUCUGGCACUAGUGACUGCGAUUUUACUCAUUGUGUCUCGUGAGGUUUUUAGCAUGUGAACAAUCUGACGAUUUGGUGCUGUUAGACGUUCCUUAUUUUAAUUUAUUAACUGCGAACGGAGAUUUCCUGUAACACUUAUUGUGUACCCACACGUGGUGUUGCGCAGUCAUUGAUGUUAUAUCGCAACACUCCUCAUCGUUUUAUCCAGUUACUUUUACGCACACUUGAUUUUAAUAAAGUUUAUUUUUAUUCACAA